UAGGGGUUGGGGAAUACAGAUUCCUGACGGAGCUCCGCACCGGUUUUUCCGGUCACGUGCUUUGCGGAGCCUCUGCUAGACGCGUGGUUGCUAGGCAAUGCCCAUAUGCUCAUCCCUAAGCUGGAUCUUAGGAGUGGAAGAUCUGGGCGCCCCGGGCCGACAUGGACCAGUACUGCAUCCUCGGUCGCAUUGGGGAGGGAGCCCACGGCAUCGUGUUCAAAGCCAAGCACGUAGAGACUGGGGAGAUCGUUGCCCUAAAGAAGGUGGCCCUGAGGCGGCUGGAGGAUGGCAUUCCUAACCAGGCUCUAAGGGAAAUCAAGGCUCUGCAGGAGAUUGAGGACAGUCAGUAUGUGGUGCAGCUGAAGGCUGUGUUCCCACAUGGUGCAGGCUUUGUGCUGGCUUUCGAGUUUAUGCUGUCCGACCUGGCGGAAGUGGUACGCCAUGCCCAGAGGCCACUGGCCCCAGCGCAGGUCAAGAGCUACCUGCAGAUGCUGCUCAAAGGAGUUGCAUUUUGUCAUGCCAACAACAUUGUGCAUCGGGAUCUGAAGCCUGCUAACCUGCUCAUCAGUGCCUCAGGCCAGCUCAAGAUAGCUGACUUUGGCCUGGCCCGGGUCUUCUCUCCCGAUGGUAAUCGUCUCUACACACAUCAGGUGGCCACCAGGUGGUACCGAGCUCCUGAGCUCCUGUACGGUGCUCGGCAGUAUGACCAAGGCGUUGACCUAUGGGCUGUGGGCUGCAUAAUGGGAGAACUGUUGAAUGGGUCCCCCCUGUUCCCGGGAGAAAAUGACAUCGAACAACUUUGCUGUGUGCUUCACAUCCUGGGCACCCCCAGUCCUCGAAUCUGGCCGGAGAUCACAGAGCUGCCUGACUACAACAAGAUCUCCUUCAAGGAGCAGGCACCAGUACCCCUGGAGGAGGCGCUGCCCGAUGCCUCUCCCCAGGCCCUGGACCUGCUGAGUCAGUUCCUCCUCUACCCUCCAGGUCAGCGGAUCGCGGCCUCCCAGGCCCUUCUGCACCAGUAUUUCUUCACAGCUCCUCUGCCUGCCCAUCCAUCUGAGCUGCCGAUCCCUCAGCGCCCAGGGGGACCUGCCCCGAAGGCUCACCCAGGGCCCCCCCAUGUGCAUGACUUCCACGUGGACCGGCCUCUAGAGGAGUCACUGCUGAACCCAGAGCUGAUUCGUCCCUUCAUCCCAGAGGGGUGAGAUGCUGGCGCAGUCCUGCCUGCUUGCCCCAGGAGCACCUAGCCAACUAUUCCUCUGCCUCUUCCUGAUUUGCCUCCAUGGCCUCCUGUCUCACUCCUUAGCCUGUUGGAGGGCUGUGCUCCAGGAGGCACAACCGUGAAGAUGUGCAGGCCAGCAGAGAGA